GCAGCACAUUCUGUCAUGAGGUCAGAUAUCAGUGUUUACGCGGCUGAGCGGAGACUUUUCUCUGUACCUCCAGCAUUCAUCCUUAGCUUACUCAGCAUCAAGUGUCUCAAGGUGAUAGUCUGUUAAAAUCUUGCGUCACAGAGAUGUCAGCAGAUUUUAAUCUUAUGUUUUGAUGGGAAGCAAAUUUUUACUGUUUACAUAUCAAGAAUGCAGUUUUGAUUCUCGACAUUGUGUGUUGAUUGCCCGCGGCCACCAACUGUCUCUGCUGUACACCUUUGUGUUUGUGUAUUUGACCGCACCUCAGGCUGAGCAGGAGGUGGCAGCAGCUGGACCUGGAGCUCCUAUUCAUGCCGAUAAGGAAAGAAAAAAGGCAUCUCCUUAACAAUAGACACACUCCCACAAAUGCACACUACACCAACCUCAGACCCCUUCCCCCCUUUUCCUCUUUUCUCACUCGUCACCCCAACUUCCCUCCUCCCCCUUGCCAGCAAUGGUAUAUCAACACUUUACGGAGGCGCGAUGCCUGCACUGCUGCUGUCUUCAGGCAAGAAGCAUUUGGCUGCGGUAUGAAGGGUGAAAUGGACGACUUCAGCUGACAUUUAUUGAAGGCAGACAGGGCAUUCGUGCAAGAGCUGCUUGUAGAUGCUCACGUGUGUAAGAGAGAGGGAGAAUUAGGGAGAGUCAAUGGAGUCUCGAUCGACCACUCACGCUGGAUGACCAGAUUUUCCAUUGCUGUCAGGCAGAAUACGUGCUGUUGUCCGAGUGACAACACCCUGAGUGGAAUAUUCCUCCUGCCCAGCGUUGGUCUCUCUCAUCCUGCAGAAUCCCUUGGGACAUUGUGCAAAAGAACUGUUUCUGUUCAAGCAAGGGGAAUCCAAAAGAAGUUUUAAUGAACCAGUAUACGCUAACUGACGCCAUGACGGACAACUUGAGGAUUUUAUAGUUGUCUCCAGAGGAAGAGCGGCGCGUCUUGUAAGGAGCCACAGAGGAAACUUCACCGUUCCCAAGCUAUCAGAUUCAAAUAUGGGGGUUGGCGUGCUGGGCGUGUUUCUGGGUUUACUUCUGGAGGUGUCCACUCAUGGACCUCACGCUGUGCCCCGAAGCUCCUGGAAGCAUAAAGAUUUAGAUCUGAUGGAGUUUUCGGAGCCGGGAGUCUUCAACUAUUCCACGCUACUGCUGAGUGAGAAACAAGACGCGCUGUAUGUGGGAGCGAGAGAGGCUGUGUUUGAGCUCAGCAAGAAGAAUGUGACCCUCAGUCACAACAAGCUUCUGUGGAAAGUGGCAGACGAGCCCAUGAGGAUGUGCACGCUCAAGGGAAAGACCAAAGAUAGAGAUUGUCUGAACUACAUUCGAGUGCUCCAGUUCAUGGAUGACCACCAGCUUUAUGUCUGCGGAACGCACGCCUUUCAGCCUCAGUGUGAUUAUCUGAGACUAUCUGACUUCUCUUUGGCGGGUCGACCUGAAGACGGACGUGGACAGUGCUCCUUUGACCCGAUGCAGAGUUUCACCACAGUCAUGGUUGAUGGAGAGCUGUACUCUGGGACAGCUUUUAACUUCUUGGGAAGUGAACCCAUUAUUUCUAGAUAUUCACAAUCACAAACGCUCUUGAGGACAGAGUAUUCCACAUCGUGGCUUAACGAGCCCAGUUUUGUCUUUGCUGACGUGAUCAGAGAUGGGAGAAAUGAUGCAGAUGGUGAAGAUGACAAAGUCUACUACUUCUUCACUGAGGUGUCUGUGGAGUACGAAUUCUUUGGCAAGCUGCUGAUUCCCCGUGUGGCCCGUGUCUGCAAGGGCGACCUCGGGGGCCAGCGGACGCUGCAGAAAAAGUGGACCUCUUUCCUGAAAGCCAAAUUAGUGUGCUCCAUGCCUGAGCUCAACUUUGUCUUCAAUGUUGUGCAUGAUGUUUUCAUCCUCAAGGGUGCUGACUGGAGGGAAACUGUCAUCUAUGGCAUCUUCACCUCUCAGUGGGGAAAUGUUGGAUUGUCUGCUGUCUGUGCCUACAACAUGACGGCGGUGGAAGAAGUGUUUUCCAAAGGCAAGUACAUGCAGAAGGCCACCGUGGAACAGUCUCACACCAAGUGGGUGCGCUACAAUGGCAUCACACCCUCUCCUCGCCCUGGAGCUUGCAUCAACAACCUGAUGAGGCAUCAGAACAUCAGCAGCUCCCUGCACCUGCCUGAUAAGACGCUACAGUUCGUGAAAGACCACCCCCUGCUGGAGGAUCCCAUCCUGCCCAUCGGCAACAGACCCAGACUCAUCGCCAAAGACGUCAACUACACUCAGAUUGUGGUAGAGAGAGUUGAAGCCCUCGAUGGACGGAUCCAUGAUGUCAUUUUCACUGGGACGGAUCAGGGCAUCCUUCACAAGUCAGUGAUAUAUGAAGGAGACGUGCACACUGUGGAAGAGAUUCAGUUGCUGAAGAAUGCUGAGCCCAUCAAAAACUUGCUGCUGUCACCAGAGACUCGCUCCCUCUACGCUGGUUCUGACUCAGGCGUGGUCCAGUCACCCACAUCCUUCUGCAGCCGCCAUCUGUCAUGCACUGACUGUUUGCUGGCUCGAGACCCCUACUGUGCGUGGGACCCUCAUGGUGCAAGUUGUGUCAGCAUCUUUGAAUAUCCCCAUCUGCAGCUCAGCAUCUUGAUUCAGAGCCUGAAUGGCGAUGCAGGCCGCUGUCCUCCAGUGCCUGGGCUCCCGCUGAAGGACUACCAGCCUGUGACAGUAAAACCGGGGAGCUCUGCAGAGCUGCCAUGCCUGCUCAGCUCUAACGUGGCCCAGGUGAUGUGGAAGGCCAACGGCUCGCUCCUCACCGAGGACUCUCGAUUCCACUUCAUAGGAGAAAAUGGUCUCCUUAUUUACAGCGUGGCUCCCGAGGACCAAGGCCACUAUGAGUGCUGGUCUGUGGAAUGGUCUUUUGGCGUUAAGAAAAACUUCAGCCGCCUCUUGGCUGCCUAUGUGCUGGCUCUGGACCUCCCGCCCAGACCCUCUCAUCAUUCCGACCACUCGACGGUCAACAGCGUAGAGGCAGCUCGCUCCCUGUCUGUUGAAGGUAAUGUUGAGGCUGAUACGGUCCCACUAACUUCAGCCCUUGCCCCUCCGAGCUUCACGCCUAAGAGCUUUGUCACUCACCCACCUCAAACUGACACAUCACUAACUUCGUCUCAGAGCAGCACUUUUGUUAUCAAGUCCAACCCCCUGCUCCCAAGAGCCAGCGCCUCUCGACCAGAGAGUCAAGACCCAGAGGCAGAAUACAUUCAGCACAACAACAACAUGGCGCUCCUUUCACUCUUCCUGCUCUUUUUCCUCCUCUUCCUGGCUGCCUUGGCAUAUAACUGUUACAUGCAGUACCUCCCCGCCUCUUGUCUGCGGCUGCGAGCUGUUCUUUUGGGAAGUCACAAGAGCGCCACGCAGCCCGAGUACCGAGCCUGUGAAGCGGGUCUGAUGGAGACGUCUACCACUGAAAAAGUUAACAUGACAGAGCAGCCCACCCGGAAUGGCAGCCAAACAACCCAAAAUUUGCGAGCUCUGCGCGACACUGGUUACGAAACCGAGCCGGAGUGCGGCAAUGGGAGAAUCUCUUCUCACAGUUUUGGUGACGAGAUGCCCUCCCAUGAGAAACCCUUUGAUGUGGACUGCUCAUCACAGCCAAUACAGUUCGCAGACGCAGAUGAGCUGUAGACCCAAAGUGGACACAAAGUUGUGAGUCCCGCCACACGUGAUUCUGCAUUCACACAACUUGGGUUACGUUCUUUUGAUCAGUAUUUGCACAAUAACAAUGUUGAAAAUAAUCCCAGUCAUGAGCCUCUAACCUUAGUCAGCAGGAGACGACAUUGGCAGCAGAAAAAAGGCAAAAUUUACGAUAUCAAAAUGUAACCUUACUUGUGUGGAUGGAGUUCACAUCUCAGUCGCAGAUACUGGUUGGAAUUCUGCGAUCGCUGCACACGUUUAUUGCCCAGCAAGAAAAGCUAUGUGUUAAAUUCCAAAUUGGAAACAUUGUUUACCAAAUUGGUAAGAUGCGCUGUUUUCCAAAUUGGAGCCGUUUGUACAGCCUGGGUGGGAAGUGGGUGUGGAAGCAGGGCGCGUUUCUCAGGGAAGGAUUUCUCUGUAUGCUGGACGAGCGGCUCAGCGAGGAGCCGUUUCAAGACAAGUCAUUCUAACCACUGUGAGGUGUUGAAGGCGUCCCAGGAGUGAGGCGGUGCAGCCUUGUUAAAUUUGUGCAGUUACUGUUCUGAUGUCAUGAACUCAGAUGCUCCUGUGUGUCAAUACUGAUCGCCUCCAUGUACAGUGGCCGUUUUUCUUCCCUGGAAACAAUCUGAAACUACUUUUUAGUUACUUUUAGUGAACCUUCUAAUCCAGAACCUUUACAGAUUAUUUAAGAUUUUAGCCUGUGGUAUUUUUUUUAUUUAUUGCCUUGUGCCAGAGCUCAGUUCUUAUCAAACAUAAUGGUUUUGUUCUUGUCAUCAAAUAGUCUAUUUUUUAGUUAAAUUAUUCAUCAGUGUUUCAGAUUAUUCAUUUUACUUUUUGUAUUGAUUUUUUUAAAAAAUGAUUGAAAAUGUUUCAAAAAUGAAAAUACUUCAGUGAUUUGUCACACAAGAUUAUAUGUUAUAAGAUGUUGACCUCAUUAUGCAUAACAGGUUUAUGGUGAGGAUCCAUGGUGGCUUCAUCAAGUGAGACACCACUCGCCAAGGUUGCGAUAUCGAGUUCUGAUGGAUGACAUUAUUUUCUGGAAGUCACGUUUUUCCAUCCCUCCCUUCCUCACAGCCUCUUCUUCUGUCGACACUGCAUCAUCACUGUCCUUCUCUGGAAGUAGUCCUCCCUUUACACUUCCUUCCUCCUCUUCCUCCUCACCUUCAUUCUCCAAAAAGCCCCACAGUACUGAGGGUCAGGAGGUAAGGCUCUUGCCGCCUCUGCUGAAGGACCAGGCCUGGGGUGUCCAUGCUCAGGAGGCCUUCCUGCUCUUCUGCUUGGCCCUAGGUGAGUCCUGCUGUCUCUGACACUCACCGUCUUGUUUUCCCUUCAUCCUCACACCUGACAUCUGCAUGCUCGCAAACAAACAAGGAUUGUCGUCUUUGAAAUAUGAAUGGCUAGCUUCACCGAAAGAAUCCCAAACCCCACUUUAUUUUUUUUUGAAGUCUUUGUCUUUGGAUGGCUAAGUGUCUUCUUCUUGUGAAAUGGCAGUCUGACAUGAAGUUGAAGUUGUAAACUCAUCUAUGGUGUCAGAUGUCUUGAAGAAACUCGAUAUUUUUAUGCCUGUGAACACAAUGUAAAUAUAUUUGUGUAUAUAGAAAAGACUUUUUGUAGAUGUACAGUUAAGUUGGCUUUGGGUGGGUGGGGCAGUUCUCCUUAGGGUGUUCAAUAAACAUGAAACUUUUUAAAUCUGCCUCUUCAUUUGACUCGCCUAUGAAAAUGUUUUCCUCUUGAUGUGGACUCUGAAUAAUGCAUGCGCAUCUUGUAAAAUGCAGUGUUAAACACUUUUGUCAUUGCAGGAAGCUGGGCAUGGAGGGUGAAAUAUUCACCUUAAAUAUAUCAACCUUUGAUGUUUAAAAAAACUUUUCUGGACAUCAUUUGGAAACGUACCCUCUAGCUGAACUGUUGCUGUCACCAUGGGCGUCCCCUGGUGGUUUGGUUAAUAAUGUCACAAUAUUCAUUCAUUAAAAAUAGAUUGGGUGCUACUAAUUCUUAUAUUCUGCCUUAUUCUGUAUUAAAAAAAAGUGCAUCUUUGAUACCGAGCAUGGCACUGCGGUGUGAAGUGUGAUUUGUUUUUGUGCGUUGCAUUCAAAGCAGUUGUGCCCUUGAUGUCAUUGACUCUGUCCUCCAGGUCCCAGUGACGUCAACAUUCACUGGCUCAAGGAUAAGCACAUCCUAAACACCGCUCCAAAAG